CUGCGACGCUGCUGGAGCUUUAACAUCGUGUCAAUCAUUUUAAAGUUUUAAAGAAAUAUUGGGGACAAAAAAUUGAACUCGACGAUCUUUAAUAAAAGAAAUGGAAUACGAAGAUUAUGGCGAUGAAUAUGAUCAGUAUGGAUAUCACACUCAUGAUCUGGAUAUGCAUGGGGAUUAUGAAAGACAAGUUGCUGAAAGUUACAAAGUACCUGAAGUUGUGCGAAAUUUUUUGGUGUACUUAGCAAAAGCAAUUAAUGAAGGAAAUGUUUAUGAACUCCAAAGCAUGUAUGAGAAUAGUUAUGUUAAGCUGACUGAAAGGUUUUAUAAGUCAACUCCAUGGCCGUUAUCUAAAGAUAUUGCAUCUAUUGUACAUGAUGAUGAAAAAUUUGAUAUUUUGUACAAAGAACUGUAUUAUCGACACUUGUAUGCUCGAGUUAGUGGAGGUCCUAGUAUAUCUGAGAGAUUUGAAUCCUAUUACAACUAUUGUCAUUUGUUCAAUCUCAUUCUAAGUGCAAAUGAACCUGUACAGCUUGAAUUACCCAAUCAGUGGCUGUGGGAAAUAAUUGAUGAAUUCAUCUAUCAGUUUCAAAAUUUCAGCCACUAUCAAAGCAUGCUCAAUAAAAGAACUGCAGAAGAAAUUGAUCAGCUUCGUGAACAUCCUAAAGUUUGGAAUGUUCACAGUGUUCUAAAUGUUCUACAUUCCCUAGUGGAUAAAUCCAACAUCAACAGACAGCUUGAAGUGUAUACUAAUGGAGGGGAUCCUGACAGUGUGGCUGGUGAAUUCGGUCGUCACCCAUUGUAUAAAAUGCUUGGUUAUUUCAGUUUAGUUGGCCUACUUCGUUUACAUUCUCUUCUUGGUGAUUAUUACCAAGCCAUAAAAGUAUUAGAAAACAUUGAAUUGAAUAAAAAGAGUUUGUAUUCUCGGGUUCCAGCGUGCCAAAUAACAACUUAUUACUAUGUUGGAUUUUCGUAUCUUAUGAUGAGACGAUAUGCAGAUGCUAUUCGAACAUUUUCAAACAUUUUACUUUAUAUUCAAAGAACACAGCGUAAUCUCUUCCAACAGAGAACGUAUCAAGCUGAUCAGAUGAACAAGCAGACUGAGAGAAUGUAUACUCUUUUGACAAUAUGCCUUGUACUUCAUCCCCAACGUAUUGAUGAAAGUGUUUUGUCGACAUUAAAGGAGAAUUAUGGAGAUAAAUUAUUGAAAAUGCAAAGAGGAGAUUUAGAUGAAUUUGAGAACUGCUUUUCUUUUGCCUGCCCAAAAUUCUUGUCUCCAGUCCCACCUAGUUUCGACCUCAAUUCCUUGAAUGCUAUCAAUUCUCAUAAGGAACCUUUUGUUGCUCAGUUAAAAGUAUUUAUGGAUGAAAUAAAGCAACAAAUCAUGCUGCCAACCAUUAGAAGCUACUUAAAACUGUAUACAACCAUGCCUAUUGCAAAAUUAGCUACUUUCUUAGAAAUGAGUGAAAGUGAUGUUGUGAAUUAUCUGCUGUGCUUUAAACACAAAAUGAAAAAUAUGGUUUGGAUAAAAGGUACCAGUGGCUUAGAAGGAGAAUUUCAAUCUGGAUCCGAAGUUGAUUUUUAUAUUGAUAAGGAUAUGAUUCACAUUGCUGAUACUAAAGUUGCUCGACGAUAUGGAGAUUUUUUCAUUCGACAAAUACACAAGUUUGAUGAGUUGCAUCGUAUGAUUAGUGGAAUACAAAUCUAAUGAGCUAUGAGCAUUGAAUAACAGUCUCUGUAUGCUGCGUCAUAUAAAAGUGUUUUCAUAAAGAACAAUAUCAAAGUUUUUAAUUUCUGUUUGAAAAGAAAUAUGUAAAAUUUGCAUUAAAGAUUUAAGAAGUCUUU